AAUGCUGCAACAGACUCUUGAGUGGUUAAUGAAUGAGUUUGCAGUUCCGGGGAGUUGAGAGCACAAACAAUUUACUUUCUAAACCAGGAAACUGAGCUUAAGCCCCAGGGUUCCUUGGAGAACACGGAGGUGUCCUUCUAUGGUCUCUGUUCUCCUUUACUCCUCCUCCCCCCAAACCACUUUGACUCUUUCCUCUUUCUUGUCCUCAUCUUCCUCCUCGUCCUCCUUCCUCUUCUACUGCUCCCAUCUGUUCCCGCUCCGAAGUGAAACUAGAAGUUUCCAACUAUGACCAAUAUCUCUAACUCCUCGGACUGCAAGAUGCGACUAUGGCUACCUCCUGGUGAAAGCCCAGCCAUAAGCGCUGCAAUGUUUUCUGCCGGAGUAUUGGGCAACCUCUUAGCCCUGGCACUGCUGAUGCGACGCUGGAGGAGUGACUCUAGGAGGAGUGACCUGGACGCCUCCGAGUGCUGCUGUAGGACCCCCAUUUCCCUGUUCCAUUUGCUAGUGACCGAGUUAGUGUUCACGGAUCUUCUGGGGACUUGCCUCAUCAGUCCAGUGGUACUGGCAUCAUAUUCACGAAAUCUAACUCUAGUAGCACUGGCCUCGGAUGGCCGGAUGUGCAUCUACUUUGCCUUCGCCAUGACCUUCUUCAGCCUCGCCACAAUGCUGAUGCUCUUUGCAAUGGCUUUAGAACGUUGCCUUUCCAUAGGCUAUCCUUACUUCUACGAGCGCUGCAUCACCUGGCGUCUCGGGUUGGUGGUACUGCCGGGAAUCUAUGUCUUUUCUCUGCUCUUUUGCUCCUUCCCAUUGCUGGACAACAAGCAGUUUGUGCAGUAUUGCCCUGGGACCUGGUGUUUCAUCAAACAUGAGAAGUCCCCUUUUUUGCAGAUAUAUGCCACGGUGUUACUGCUUCUCAUUGUUUCAGUGUUACUCUGCAACUUCAAUGUUAUCCUCAAUCUAGCCCGCAUGCACUCCCGAAGAAAAAGCAUUGGCAGGGUGCCCCCCCUUGACAGAGGCAGGGGUAGUCCAGGGAUCCUCAAGAAAGGGGAAAGAAUGUUCAUGUCAGAGGAGACAGAUCACCUCAUCCUCCUCGCUAUUAUGACCAUCACGUUUGUGAUUUGUUCAUUACCAAUUACGAUUUAUGCAUAUUUGACUGAACCUUCCUCUAGGGAGGAAAAAUGGGAACUACUAGCACUUCGAUUUUUAUCAAUUAAUUCAAUAAUUGAUCCUUGGAUAUUUGUCAUUCUUAGGCCUUCAGUUCUGAGGCUGAUGCGUUCAAUAUUAUAUUGUGAAAUUUCAUUGAAAGUGCAAGAUGCUCCACCAACAUAGUGACCUUUGUGCAUAAUGGUUACCAAUAUCACAAAACACCUGGAAAUCAGAUCUGAAAUAGAUCCUUGGGAAUAUGGAGAAAAAUAAAAGAAAAGGGGAAGGGAAUAAAAGAGAAAAGAGGGGAAAGAAAAAGAUGAGAACAAAAAAAAGGAGAGGAGAGAAAAAGAAAAUUAUGCUACUCUAAUAAACCAAAAUAACUUUGAGCAUUAGACUAGACAACAAAUACGUUGAAACGCUGCAUGAAAUUUUCCCACGGAUUCAGAAAACCUUUCUGGAGUAAGUAAAUUGUGUGAACUUUAGGGAAAAAAAUAAACAUCAGCAACUGAAAAUCUCAAUGCAAACUUGAUAACUAUAUUCAGUUACCUUUAAAUUUCAGUUUUCCUUUGAAUUAAGAAUACAUUCAGUCUUGAACUUUGCCUCUAAAAUGUUAUUUGUUAUUCUAUGUUAAGGACAUAAAAAUCAGAUAAAGUUAGAUAAUGCAUUUUAUUGCACAUUUCACCAUGUGGCUAUAUUGAAAUUGUUAUUUGUUUAACCAACCAAGUGCUAUCUUACAGUUUUUAAGUCAAUCAUAUAUCCCAGCCUUAUCUUUCUCAGGUCCCCCCCCCCAAAAAAAAGACUUCUGCUUCCCAUGAAGAUUCCAUUCUGAAGUUUCCUUGAAUUUUAUCUUCAUCUGCAGCUUACAUGCAUAAAUUCCUUUUCAGUAUAUCCAAAGUUUUGAAUUUUUUACAUAUAUUUUUUCUCUGAGCACUAGUGUAUAAUCUUCUUUCCUUCUCACUUACUCUAAAACUGAUUACAAAUAAAAACUCAUUAAAUGCAAAGGCUAUGUCUUAACUUUUGUAUCCAAAUACAUAGUAGGCCUUAUUGUUGACUAAGGCAGAAAGAGCACUUAAUAAGUCAGUAGAACUAGUUUUAUGCCUUUGCUCUGGUAUUGACUACUUGAGUGACCCUGAAUAUUUAUUUGGAUCCUCUGUCUCUCAGUUUUUCAGUAUAAAAAAGGCAUUUAUAUUGGAAGUAGUUAAGUUCUAUAUUGGUUCUAAGAAUCUAUCUGUAUUUCUGAGAUUUUAUUAAAAUGGAAAGGUAUCAGAAGCCUGAGUUCAAAGUUGCUUCUGAAGCUUACUCUCUAUGUGACGUUGGGAAAGUUAUUUUUCUUCUCUGGACCUCAUUUUCAUAUGAAAAUAAGGGAGUUUGAGAUUGUGGGAAAAUGGUGGCAUGUUAGUACCUAGAAAAGCUCAGUUACUACAAACACUGAAGAAAACAGAUUAAAAAUAAACUAGAAACAACAAUGAUAAAAGAAACCAAAAUAAAUAAACUAAAAAUUCUGCCAUUCAAUUCAGUACUGCAUAAAAAAAGAUUGGUAGAAUUCAACAGAACUGGGGAGCAGAGAGAAGCUAGGUGCAAGGCAAAAUAAAAAGUAAUCUGUCUGUAGUAAGAAAUAAAACUGGGCUAUUGCCUAUAAAAGAAGGGGGAGAUUCUUGGAUCUUAUUUUCAAAUGCAGCAGGCAAAAGAUAGGGCCAAACCAAAGGUGAAUUUGACAAAGUACAUCUCAAGGAGUUGAGUUCUUAUCUGAUGCAGUAAAUGAGGCUAGCCUAGUUCUAUGAAGUGUGAACCAUAGCAGGAGAUCAGGCAAGACCAGUAUCUGGGCAGAUUGGGCCUGACUAACAGCAGAAGGCAAGGUGAGACAAUUUAAGGUCUCAUAAGAUAUCAAAAUCAGGACCAAAGAAGAGCUAUUUAUACCACACAGUAGUAUAAGAAUCUGACCCAAACAACAUAUUAACUAUUUGGAAACUGAAGCAAGAGAUAUACAUAAAAAAAUCAAACAAAAAACAAAACCAGAAGUAACUCUAGUUUCUGUAAUGAGAAAAGCUCUAGGAAUCAACUCAGAAGUAGAGAUUAAAUUCACAAGUUAAGUAGCACUUCAAAAAAGGGGGGGGGGGCCUGUCCAUAAAGACUAGAAGAACAGCUGGGAAAAAAUUAAACAAGUAAUACAAAAUGAAAUAUCUAAGAAGAAACAAUUCAGAUAUCAUGGAGCCCCAGUCAAGAUAACACAGUAUCUGGCAGUCUCCACACUGAAGACUUGGAAUAUGAUAUUCAGGAAGGCAAGAGAACUGGUUCUACAACCAAAAAUCACCUACAAAUCAAAACUUACUAUAUACUUUAAGGAGAAAGUACAGGCAUUUAGUAAAAUAGAAGAUUUCCAAGCAUUCCUGAAGAAAAGACCAGAAUUAAACAGAAAAUUUGAUGUCCAAAUACAAAAUUCAAGAGAACUAUAACUCUUUAAAAAUUGUACUCAUUAUCAUAAUAAAAGAAAUAUACACA